GCGCUCCGGGGUCUCCUGGGCCGCGCGCGCGGGGCGGAAGCGGCGGUGACGCAGCGGCGCGGGCGGAAGCGGAAGCGGAAGCGGGGCCGCGCGGGCGCUGGCGGUGGCGGCGAGGAUGCUGUCGCUGGACUUUCUGGACGAUGUGCGGCGCAUGAACAAGCGGCAGCUGUACUACCAGGUGUUGAACUUCGGCAUGAUCGUGUCCUCCGCCCUCAUGAUCUGGAAAGGGCUGAUGGUGGUGACGGGCAGCGAGAGUCCCAUCGUGGUGGUGCUGAGUGGGAGUAUGGAGCCUGCUUUCCACAGAGGAGAUCUCCUGUUCCUCACAAACCGAAUUGAAGAUCCAAUCAGAGUGGGAGAAAUAGUUGUCUUUAGGAUAGAAGGAAGGGAAAUUCCUAUAGUCCAUCGAGUCCUGAAAAUCCAUGAGAAGCAAAAUGGAGACAUCAAAUUUCUGACAAAGGGAGACAACAAUGCUGUGGAUGACAGAGGGCUCUACAAACAGGGGCAGCACUGGCUGGAGAAGAAGGAUGUUGUAGGACGAGCAAGAGGAUUUGUGCCCUAUAUUGGAAUCGUGACUAUCUUAAUGAACGAUUAUCCAAAAUUUAAGUAUGCAGUGCUCUUUUUACUGGGUUUGUUUGUGCUGGUCCAUCGAGAGUAGUCCCUUGCACUGAACUACAAGGUGCCAUGGAUUUUCUAGAUGAACAUUUAAAGUAGCUGAUGGUCUGAUGUGCCAGGAGGAAGAAGAAAGCAUGCAUUUCAAAGCUUCUUGACAGUUUGGGUUUGUUUUGAUUUUUACUGCGUAAGGGUGAAUGUUUGUCACAGUAUUUCCAAUGGUUUGUCACAUUUUAGCCUUUUUAGUGAAUUUUUAUAUUAAAAAUUUGAGCCAAAAUGUUUAGUGCUUGUACUUUGAAGCUGAGCUUCCUCUCCAAGUGCCUCUGGGAUCGUGUCCUCAGUCUGGCCGGGCCAGUGCCCCCUCCCUUGUGCUUACUGACCUGUCCAAUGGUGAGUUGUUGCCAUGAAGGUUUUUUUCCAAUUCAGAACUGGAAUAAAGAUUUUGCCUCUU